CUCGUUCUUUAUCAACGCUGCCAGGUGUGCCCACGCGCCCUUGUCUUAUCGCUGGUCAUUUUACACUUGCUUGCCAUUUGCUUGUUUCUCCAUCCUAUCCAUCAAGGUUCGGGGUUCGUCCCGUGAUAACUUCCCAAUUAUUCUCUUGUGUUUGUUUGCCUUGUCUUGGGAUAUCUACUGCACCUGUACUGUCGUCUGUUUCACCACUUGCUCAUUACCGCUGCCGAAGUAGCCCAAUCCCCGACACUCCCGACGCCCCCGAUAGCGAUCCCCGAUCCCGAGGUGUUGACUCGAGAGAGCCAGUAUCCGAUAUCCGAACCAGAUCCCGUGCUUUCCUGCCUGCUGUCGACUCGUGCUGCCUUACCGCCUGUCUAUUCGUGUUUAUCUGUCCUGCUCGCACCUCACAGAAUACCGCCGUCGCUAACAACUACCACAUCCAUAUCGGCCCAAGCCAGCAACAGCCAUAGCCAAAGUAAAACAAGACACAAGAAAUCAAGCUACCCAUCGCCAGCUAGCUAGGCAGGGAGAGUGGUCCAAGGGAGCCGCCCCCCCAAAACCGCAACCAUGGGCCUAACAUACAACACCUACCUCAACUCGGACGUCAUCUACGGCUGCAAGAACUGUAAGGCACACUUGGCUAACGCCCAUGACAUCAUUUCGCGGAACUUCCGCGGCCAACAUGGCAAAGCCUACCUCUUCAACACGGUCGUCAACGUCGAGACGGGCGACCCCUCGGAACGCAACAUGACGACGGGGAGGCAUGUCGUGAGGGAUAUACAGUGCCGGCAGUGCAAGGAUGUGGUGGGGUGGAAGUAUGACAGGGCGUAUGAAAGCUCGGAGAAGUACAAGGAGGGAAAGUUCAUUCUGGAGGCGGAGCUGCUUUGUAAGGUUACGUGAAUCGACAGUGGGAUGGGUCGAGUGAAGAAGAGGGCAUGGUCUGGAGUUUUGGGUUUGGAGUCUAGCGGUGGGUUUGUUUUGCUUGGGAUUGGUAAUGGGUUGGGUUCUUGCUUGCUUUCUUGAUUUACUUGACAUUUAUGGGGUUUAGGGGUUUAUUGAGACAUGAUGGAUACGAAGAUAGGGGGAAGGAUUGAUGGAUUGCAGAACAGAGCAGCAUUGAUGUGUGGAGCGUGUACCCUACUUACAUGUGCGAUAGGUAAUGUUGGCACACUUUAUACACA